AGAAUGAAUGAGAGCAAACAGAUUUGGCUGGUGGAUAAGUAUGCUAGACUUGUAGCAUCACGGGAGCCUUCAGCAUUAAGCUUGUCACAGGAUCAAGGAGAAGGAAAUAGCUGGCAGCAUUACAACUCUUCACCUGGUAAACAGAUUCUCUUAGUGCUUAUUAAUAAAAACCACUUUAUGAUAACACACGGAGACACCACACUGGAAAGUUUUAUAUUGUGGGGAACAUCAAAUUGGAUCAAAGGAGUAGCUAAAGGCGACAGUAUAUUAUUCUUGUAUCAUCAUCAGAUGUCAAACAGACGUUUUAGAAUAAAACUAAGUGGAGGGACUUCUGGAGUUGGUCUGGCAAGAACUGGAGUUGAGAACUGUCGAGAUGCCGUUUCUGUUUUAAGAGGUCUUAUGCCAGUGAAAGUAAUUGAUGACAUUAGUCAGAUUUCUCAGGAAGAGACAUCAGGAUCAAGUAAAGAGGGAGAAUCACUGAGAGAAAGAGCACAAUCUAUUAGUAAAAAGCCAUUGCAGCAAGCAUACAUCAGUUCAACGCAUUUACCAACUGAUCAGCUCUCACAGUUCAUUAGACUCUGUCUCACUGAUAGUACAUUCCCUGCUUUUGUUGAAGCUGUUGAAUCAGAACUGAACUCAAUGAAAUAAACAUAAUGCAAUUACACCCACACAUUGAGUAUUAGCUAUGAAUAUGAUUAUUAUUGUGCAUGGGCAUAGCCCCACCUUCUUUUUGUGGAAAUCCAAAUUGGAAAGUUACAGAUGGCCUUGUUGCUGUGUUGUAGUGUAUGCUCGGCUCUCUGCUUCAUUUAUACUGCUUAUUACUUGUUUAAGAAAGUGAGGAGGCCUAGGAUAUAUGGAAAAAAGACUGGAAGCUUUUACAAGCAUAUUCUAGCUCACUGCCCUAGUCUGAGUAGAAAGUACUGGCCAACAUGGUGGGCCAUUAAUGCUCAUGUCAUCACAAUAGGCAGACUAGCACUCCAGCGACCACCCAGUGGACUAACUUAUAAAAGGGAAAUAUUUAACGUUUCUGAUGGAGGGAGUCUAGCAUUAGAUUGGGCUGAUCCUGAAGUGCAUUCAAUUAAAGAUGACUCGCCAAUUCUACUGAUUCUUACUGGACUAACGUCUUCAAGUAAGGUGGUCUACGUCCAGUGGCUUGUGUCUGAUGGACUCAGUGAAGGAUAUAGACCAGUAGUAAUGAGUUUCAGAGGAUUGGGAGGAUUACUAUUAAAAACUCCAAGAGCUUACUGUGCCAAUACUGAUGAUCUUGAGCCAGUUCUUAAGUACAUUCACUCUUCUUGGCCUAAUGUACCAGUAGUUGGCAUUGGAAUAUCAAUAGGAGGAAUUAUACUUGUACAACAUUUAAGAGAAAGAGGAAGGGACUCUGGACUGGCUGGAGUAGCAACUGUUUCUUCAUCGUGGGAUGCACACGUGACGUUAUUCGAAACAUUAGAAAAGCCAUUAAACUGGCUAUUCUAUAACAGACACUUGACUAAGCUACUUGUGAAUUACAUAAACAAGAAUUGUAAGCAUCUGAUGGAAAAAGGUGCAAUGACAAAGGAGCAGGGAGAAGAACUGAUGCAGAAAGCAAAAAAAUGCUCCACUAUAAGAGAGUUUGAUGAAGCCAUCACAGUUCCUGCAUUUGGUUACGACAGUUUAUGGGAGUAUUAUGAAAAUGGCACCAAUGGUAACAAACUCCACCAAGUCAAGACUCCACUGCUAAGCAUUAAUGCUGAAAAUGAUCCCUUUGUACCAGAGAAAGUCUUGCCAAUUGAUGGUUUCUGUGCUAACGAUGAUGCUGUUCUAGUUGUACCAUCUCAUGGAGGACACAUUGGUUUUUUAGAAGGAAUGCUCCCAACUCGUGGGACAUGGAUGAACAAAGUUCUAAGAGAGUUUUUAAAUGCAAUAAAACUGUAUGACAAAAAUAAAUGAAAAUUAAAAAUCAAAAUUUUAAUUAGAUAAUAUGAUGAUUUAAAUUGCUUUGCAACACAAAUGUGUAAUAAAUAAA